AUGCUCUGGGCACUCUGGCCAAGGUGGCUGGCAGGGAAGGGGCUGCCCCUUCUGGGGGCAGUGCUGCUGCGGAAGAGAGAGAAGAGGGGACUUCAGUGGAGGCAAUGGCGGCGGGAAACCCACCCAUACUAUGACCUCCAGGUGAAGGUGCUGAAGGCCAGAAAUAUCCAGGGCACAGAUCUGUUGUCCAAAGCUGACUGCUACGUGAAACUGUCCCUGCCCACUGCAUCCCCCAGCCCUGCCCAGACAAGGAUGGUGGCCAACUGCAGUGACCCUGAGUGGAACGAGAUCUUCCACUACCAGAUCCAUGAUGCUGUGAAGAACGUCCUGGAGCUCACCCUCUGUGAUAAGGACAUCCUGAGCAGUGACCAGCUCUCCCUGCUACUCUUUGACCUGAGGAGCCUCAAGCCUGGCCAACCCUACAGACACAUCUUCCCACUCAACCACCAGGAUUCACAGGAGCUGCAGGUGGAAUUUGUUCUGGAGAACAGCCAGAUGCCUGCGUCUGAAGUCAUCACCAACGGGGUCCUGGUGGCUCAGCCCUGUCUGAAAAUCCAGGGGACGCUCAGGGAAGACAAGACAGCCCCACAUGGAGAGUAUGGCUCUAGGCAGAUUCAGCUGACAGUGCCCGGGGCCUACGAGAAGCCACAGUCCUUGCCUCUGCAACCUACCAUGGAGGGAGGCCUCCCAGCUACCUUCACCUUUCAUGUGAACCCGGUGAUCAGCUCUAGGCUGGAUGUGGAGCUGGGGGAGAAGCUCACAGUCCUGCAAAGUGGUCCAAGUGCUGAGCUGGAGGCCCAGACCAGCAAGCUGGGUGAGGGGGGCAUCCUGCUCUCCUCUCUGGCCCAAGGCCAAGAGGAACAGCGCGUAGUGGCACUAGGGGAGGGCCUGGAGGUGAUUCUGAGUAUGAAGGCAGAAAUGAGCUCUGGAGACCUUGACCUGCGUCUUGGUUUUGGCCUGUGUGAUGGGGAACGAGAGUUUCUGGACAAGAGGAAGCAGAUCGUGUCCAAGGCCCUGCAGCAGGUGCUAGGAUUGAGCCAGGCUCCUGACAGUGGCCAGGUGCCUGUGGUGGCCGUGCUGGGGUCGGGAGGUGGAACCCGGGCCAUGUCUUCCCUGUACGGCAGCCUGGCAGGGCUGCAGGAACUUGGCCUCCUGGACACUGUGACCUACCUGAGUGGGGUCUCUGGGUCUACCUGGUGCAUCUCCACACUCUACAAGGACCCAGCCUGGUCCCAGGUGGCCUUGCAGGGCCCCAUUGAGCGUGCCCAGGCUCGGGUCUGCAGCAGUAAGAUAGGGGCAAUGUCCACGGAGCGCCUACAGUACUACGCCCAGGAACUGGGGAGCCUGGAAAGCCUUGGCCACAAAGUUUCCCUCAUCGACAUCUGGGGUCUCCUCAUUGAGUAUUUCCUCUACCAGGAGAAAAACCCUGCCAAGUUGUCUGACCAGCAGGAGGCCAUCAGCCAGGGCCAGAACCCUUACCCUAUCUACGCCAGCAUCAAUGUCCACACCAACAUCAGCGGGGAAGACUUUGCAGAGUGGUGUGAGUUCACCCCCCAUGAGGUCGGCUUCCCCAAGUAUGGGGCUUAUGUUCCCACCGAGCUCUUUGGCUCUGAGUUCUUCAUGGGGCGUCUGCUGCAGCCCCGACCUGAGCCCCGGAUCUGCUACCUCCAGGGUGUGUGGGGCAGCGCCUUCGCAGCCAGCGUGGAUGAGAUCUUCCUGAAGACUGCUGGCUCGGGCCUCAGCUUCCUAGACUGUUACAGAGGGAAUGUAAACAACACAGAUGACUGCCAGAAACUCCAGCUGCAUGAUCCUGCAUGUCUGCGGACCAGGCUCUUCACCCCCCAGGGGCCCUUCUCCCAGACCGUGCUGGACAUCUUCACCUCCCGCUUCACCUCUGCGGAGAACUUUAAUUUCACCAGGGGCCUCUGCCUACACAAAGACUAUGUGGCUGGCCGGGAGUUUGUGGCCUGGAAAGAUAUGCACCCUGAUGCCUUCCCCAAUCAGCUCACUCCCAUGCGGGAUUGCCUGUACCUGGUAGAUGGGGGCUUUGCCAUCAACUCUCCGUUCCCACUCAGCCUACUGCCCCAGAGAGCAGUGGACCUCAUUCUGUCCUUUGACUACUCCCUGGAGGCCCCUUUUGAGGUCUUACAGAUGACAGAGAAGUACUGCCUGGACCGAGGCAUCCCCUUCCCAAGUAUCGAGGUGCUCCCUGAGGACUUGGAGGAACCCCGUGAGUGCUACCUGUUUGCCAAGGCCAAGGACCCCCGCUCUCCCAUUGUACUGCACUUCCCCCUCGUCAACCGUACCUUCCGCACACACCUGGCCCCAGGUGUGGAGCGACAAACGGCUGAGGAGAAGGCCGACGGGGACUUUGUGGUCAAUGGAGCAGACACUCCGUAUGGCAUGAUGAACUUCACCUAUGAACCCAAGGAGUUUGAGCGGCUGGUGGCUCUGAGUCGAUACAAUGUUCUGAACAAUGUGGAGACCCUGAGGCAUGCGCUCCGGCUGGCUCUGGAGCGACAGUAG